AUGGUUGAAUACGCGUCCAUAAAUGGGGCACAACUAGCUUAUCGAUUAAUCGGCCCUGAAGAUGCACCUCUCAUAAUUACUCUGCAUGGUGGUCGAGGUUUUGGCGAUCACCGAUCUGAUUUCAAAGCAUAUUCACCUUUAUCCACAUCUUUUCGACUACUAUCUUUUGACUUUCGAGGACAUGGUCAAAGUUCGCAAACAGAGCCAUACACAUUCCACCAACUAGUCGAGGAUAUCGAGUGCAUACGACAGAAAUUCGCAGGAGAUGACCCUUGCAUUAUUUGUGGUGGCAGUUUCGGUGGAUUCCUGGCUCAGCAGUAUGCCAUCACGUACCCGUCGUGUGUGUCCCAUUUGAUUCUACGAGGGACUGCUGCUUCAUAUCACCACGAAGAAACAGCCAUUCGAACUCUCGAACAGAGAGCAUCCAGAGCCCCUAGCUUCUCUAUCAACUUCCUUAGAGACAAGGUUUUUGGACGUUUCGACAGCGAUCUCGAGUUUCGACUCGUCAUGUAUGCCGCAUCUCCUCUAUAUAGCGAGCAGUUUGACGCAGAGUCCGCUCUUGAAAGCAACCUCCAAACGGCUUUUUAUGCCAAGUCGCACAAUCAGCUUCAAUCCAUCACGGCAAAUACUCUCAUCUUGGUCGGCGAGCGGGACUGGAUUUGUCCCCCACAGCUAUCGAGAGAUAUUGCUUUAAGAGUUCCCUCAGCACGGCUGGAAGUCAUUGCAGGGGCUAAUCACGGGGUACAUGUGGAGAAGAAUGCGGAGGUCAUCGAAUUGAUCCGACAACAUCUGUCAUAA